AUGUCAGAAACCAUUGAGCAAACAAAUACUAAGAUCGUCGUUGAUCCAGAAAGUUCCGUUUUUGUUGGUAACUUAUCCCCAGAAACUACUGCAGAAGACUUGAAACAGGUGUUUGGCGAAUCUGUUAAGGUUGAGAUUCCAACUUUCCAAUCUGACAGAACCUACCCAAGAAUCUUUGCAUUUGUUACGUUCGAAGACAAAGUUGACGUGGAGGAGUUAAAGGAAAAGUUCGACAAGACUGUCAUCAAGGAUAAGAGCAUUUAUGUCACUAAAGUUCUUACCCCAGAGGAACAACAACUAAAAAAACAAAAGAGAAGAGCCAAUCAACGUGGAAAGGCUGUUCCAGCUCCACCAAAGAAAAACAAGGAAACCAAGGUUCCUCUAGAGCAAAUGGAAAGGUCAAAGGAUACUCUAUAUGUCAACAACAUUCCUUACCAUACUACUAAGAAUGAAAUUGCAUCGUUCUUUGGUACAUCCGAAGAGUCAGUAGUCCUACCAAUGAGAAGGAUGAAGGACACCGCCACGAAAAGAGUGUUCUUCUCCAAGAAAUAUAACAGGGGUAUUGCCUUUGUUUCGUUCCCAGAAGGGACUGAUAUUGAGGCCAAAGCAGCUGAAUUCAAUGGUAAGACUUUUGAAGACAGGGAACUAACGGUGGAUGUUGCUGCUAACAAACCAGCGCACACUGAAACUGAACCUCAAACUGAAACCGCUAACGCUACUUCUGAAUAA